CCCGGGUCUGUUUUUUGCUUUUCGGAAAGUACUCCCGUCUGUUUUCAGCCGAUGGACCGAUGCCGAUGUCGUUCUGGUCAGUGAGAGGAGGAUGAAAGAAAGGCCAGACAGACAACCAACCCAGAGCACAGGGCACCUUUUCCUCUCAGCCCCACCCCCUCUGCUCUACCAGAGACGCACAAAGAGUGGAUUGUGGAAAUCCGGGUCUCAUGACAAUGUUCAGCCUGCAAAUCUCCAUGGACUGGGGGUUGUGGGAGAUCUGUGUGUUUGUGCUGCGCCUGUGUGUAUGCAAGAGGAAAGCACCGUUCAUCUAGUGGCCGCUCAAGCAUAAGUGGGCAGGCCCAAGUCACAUGGCUGCGUUGUCAUGGCAAACGAGUGUCACUGUCUCUGGGCACACUCUCUCGCCUACUGCACUGCACACUACUGCUCCCCCACUGCCACUGUCAUUCUGUUCCUCUGUAAUCAUGCUGUUAGAGGAAUGUACAGCACCCUCAUGUGGAUCCCAUAUCCUUUAUUCAUUUAUUCACUCUGUCCUUUAUUUGUGGAUGACUGAAUUUAACUCACUUUCUUGAAAUUAAGGAUUUUGAAGUAAUACGUAAAGUUUCAAAACACACUAUUCACAGUUCACACUGUUGACAUAUGAAAUCUAAGAUGUAAAACAGCCUGUUUUGAAAUCACUGUUUGUCACAAGAAAAAAUCUCUGCCUAUUCAAUCUACAGCUGUUUAGCCCUGAUCACUUGCAUUGCAAUUCUCAGGUGCAUUGUAGUUUCAGCUCUUAGUGCUUUCUGAAUGAGGCACAAUACAGGACGGCCAGAGAUCAUUUGUCUUAUAUAUUGUCUCAUGACACAUUAACAGCCUGUUUUAAUUCUAAAAGAUAAACAGAUUGGAAAAUGGCCACAUAAAUUUUAAUUAUGGCUUUUUAGAACAUAAAUUGUUAGUGGACAUAAAUAUGCUACAUUUUUAUUUAAUAUUUUUCCCUUUAAGUAAUUUGUUCACACAAUGUCUGAUGGGUUUUAUUUUAUUUUUUUGCUGUUGCAUUUGGACACCUUGCUGGCAUAUACAUGUCUUCUGGGCUUUCUAUUCCUGAUGUGCCUUUCAGGCAUAACUGACACUGAUAUGGCAAUGGAAUAUGUAGAGGGUGAGGUAAAAAUUUAGAAAAUGGAUUUACCAGAGCUGUUGCUAGUCUGAGCUUCACCGCCCUGCCCGAUCCUCCAACACACACACACACACACACACAGAGAGAGAGAGAGAGAGAGACAGACAGAGAGAGAGACACUGUCCUUUUGCAGCCAUGGCAUGAGAAAGGGCUUUAAACCAUGUCUGACUCUCCCAUCUAACCCAGUUAUCCUGGCAGGCACUUGGCGCAUUCGAUUGGCUUCUGGGCCCUCUACUGUUUACACUGGCAUCAGUAGUGGAGGGGAUCUGUUCUCGUGUGUGUGCUGAUCUCCUCCAUUCAUGCCAUUAUGGCCACCGUGGCUGGAGUCAUUGUCGUGUCCUCAUGCAGCAGAAAUGUGAUAACAGACAGGCACUGGCUGGCCACCUACUUUGUCAUUUGGUAUGGGGUGCCCUACAUGUCAUAUGACAUUUUUGCCAUGUACCUCAGCCACUACUACCGCUUCCGGGUCAAAGGCCGUGAGGACUACCAGGAGCACUCUCUGAGGACAGUCAGCUCAUUCGUUCAGAAGGAGUUCCCGUUGGUCCUUCAUCACAUUGCACUCCUCACCCUCCUCUUCCCUUUCACAAUGUUCCUCAGGAAUGACCAGGGUGAUUACUUUAUUGGCUGCCUCUUCCUUACAGAGAUUAGCACACCUUUUGUUUCACUAGGAAAGAUCCUCAUUCAGCUGGGUAAGCAGGACUGCUGGCUACACAAGGUCAACGGCAUCAUGGUGUUGCUGAGCUUCUUCAUGUGCCGCAUCGUGCUCUUCCCCUUCAUGUACUGGGCAUAUGGCGCUCACUACGGCCUGCCCCUCUACGCUGUGCCCCUGCACGUCUCACUAGCGGCCAACCUGGGCAACCUGUGCAUCCUCAGCCCUCAGGUCUACUGGUUCGUUCUGCUGUGCCUCAAAGGCUAUCGGCUGUACAAGCGCAGCGGGAAGAGCCGUGGCAUGCUCCAGGCCGAGCCACUUUCAGACCACACCAAGGAGGAAUAGGGGUGGAGGGCAGGGGUUGGGGAGCUCUGGCUGAAGCGAACACCCCCAUGUUGCCACCGGCAGCUAGGACACUCCAGCACUGCUAGUAGCCAGACUGCUUUUGUUAUUACUUAACAUAUAAAGGGACUGCUCAUGUUUCUCUCUCUGACCUGCAUUAUGUAUACACAAGCAAACACAUGCACUUAUGACUGUUACAGUGCUGCUCCGCUACUCUUGAUUGGAGCAUAUACAUGAGUUGACCUCUCUGAAGCUGGCCUCUCUACAUCUUGUGGGUGUGGUCAUACUUAAUCUCUGCCUCUUGUCUUUGUUUAUGUUUAUGAUGAGCAGAUAUGGGGGUGAGGGUUUGGAGGCAACAGGUCAAUAGAUAAAAAAAUAAACUUUGGUCGGGGGGGGGGGGGGUCCAGCUGAAAACUUUAUAGGUCAAAGGGCAUAACCUUCUCCCAGCUGUUUCGGUACUGGAAGAUUGUUCAGUUUGUUAUAAGGUCACUGGAAUUCUAUUUUGACUUACUACUUUUGUUCUUGCAACCCCUUAGAUGGUGGUAUGCCUUCUGCCCUCAGGGGUUCCUCAGUGAUGUAAGCUGUGUAUUUUGGAAGUUUGGGUGUACAGGGUGAACUGAAAUUCAGACAACUCGUAGUGACCAUCACUUCAACCUUUCCUAAUCUCUCUGCACCAGCUCUCCUUUCCAGACUCUUAUGUGUGAAUCUUUAAUUGCAUUAUAUUCAUCUUCCUUUAAUAUUGCUUGGUCUCAUCAUCAUCUUAAGGCCACGUUGAUUUCCAGUGGCAACAGUAUCCAUAGCUACAGCUCUGCUGUUUUCUUGGGUGUUUCCACAGUUUGUUCUGCUGUGAUUGUUCAACUCUUCUUCCAUUCUUCACUUCAGCCAUUUUAUACUAUUUACCCCUACUGUAAAGGGCUUUCUGAAAACUCGAGUCCUCUUGUCCACAAGGGGGCCUCACAUUUACCAACUGCAUAGGACUUUAGGAGUCCAGAGCCAUAUUAGAGCUGUGCUCAGUUGCUGUGAUUGUACUGACCAAGGAGGGGGCUUUUGUGGGUUAGACGCGUAAUGUGAAUGUAGUCCUCAGCAGAUCACAUCAGGGUUGGUGGUGGGAAUUUCAGGGCAAGAGAUAAAGUAAUAACAAUAAGCUAUGAUAGAAUGACCAUCUUGUAUAUAUUCUGUUUUCUGGCGUAUAAGUGAUUUCAGGGUCAUUUACUAUCUCUGAGGCAAAAACUAAAGCUAGGCUGCAGGUCCAACUGGUGCUCUGGAUGCCCUCCUUGUCCUGUUCUGGACAACACAUAGCCAUCAGCUGAGCCUCCCAGUUGGCACUGUGAUUCACACUUGGAGGCACAAUAAGAAACGACCAAUUUUCUCUACAGGCAAUUCUGUGGGAAUAAGCUUUGGUACCUUCAAAGGGACUCAGUGUUCGCUGAAAAUAUUUUUUCUAAAAUUUUGAGCAAAUGUAGAUUAUUACCCUAUACAGACUACACUAUAUUUUAUUACAAUAUCUUCUAGACUCUUUACAGCUCUUUCAGCACCAACAUAUUAAAUGUUUCUUAAGUAGAACAGCUUUCACACGUCAUAUUAUUUAAAUACAUUUCUAAGAUCGCUGCUGUUAUCUUUCCCAUAUAGGAAUGCUUUGGCACCUAGAAUAUGACCUGCAACCAUAAUCUGGAGCUCGUUUGAUUGUCUUUCUUGGACUGGCCAAGGAUUACAUUGAUAUAGUUUUGCUCAGCCUUUUUCUAACUUUGGUUAAGCCUGUUUUCCACAGUCAAAUGAGAACAAGCUGUUUUCUUGUCUCAUUCGCUAUCGCUCCUUCUGUUAUGAGUGACCAGACUCCCUGUCAGUUCUCUCUUCAUCAUUGCCUCAUAUCUAGGGCUAGUUUACUGAGCACAUAAGACUAGUCCUCAUGUAAAAUAGACAGCCAGUGUGGAAUACUCAGGUGGUCCUCAUCAGGGACAAGAUGUAGUCUGGGAAAACUGGCCCUUCUAUAUACUUCAAUUUGCUGUGCAUAGUAACAGGAGACACAGUAAAAUUCAAAUUACAUUCUUUGAAAUGAACCUGCAUAGAAAUGAACCCCAGACAAGAGAGUGAGGACCUUGCGUGUUCUUGUUCUUACUGUCUUAUAGAAGGUCCUUUGCGGUUCUCUUUCGUUUGACCUUUAGUUAGGUCAUUGUGUCACUGAAGGACAAAAUGUGUGCAUACCUUGUUAAUAUGCUGCAAUUCACAAAUCAUACACAACGGAGCAUUUAAUGUGCGCAUAUGUCCAUGAAGUCUGUGUCCCUGGACGCAUAACCUCAAGGAUGGCUGUGAGCUAGUUUGCUGUUAGCCGACUUUCUGCCAUUUGCCAUUUCUGGCCUUUGGAAGGUCAAAGGGAGUCUAACACUUCGCUCAGCAAUAUGACUGCAAACCAAGCUGGACCUGAAGCACAACCCUGCAGCACAACCUUUUUUGAUCUGCACAUGCUGGUCAUGCACCAUUAUCAAUGAGAUGGUCUAAAAGCAACCAGUGUCUUCCACAGUAUUCUCAUUGUACCUCUUCAUUCCUACUAUCUGCAAUAUGAGUGAAACACUGGUACCUCUCUGACGGUUUCCCCUGUUCCACUGCUUCCUUCUGGAGUUCAGAGUUCUGUGAUGUUCUUUUUUAGUGCACAUGUGGUCUGGAGGUUUCCUCUAUGUGCCAGUAACCUCGUGGUACUGUAUAUACAUUUUUGUCAGCAUUAGAAAGCUUGGUUGAGACAAUGUAAAGACAACAGUGAGGUACGCUUUCAGGGACUGAGUAAAAUAAUGGGAGGAAAAAUUCUCCUUAGACAGAUGCUGUGGUUACACGCUUAUCCACACUAGACUGGUCUCCAUCAUAUCUUUGGUGGGAAGGGUAAGUCCAUUUUGAAAUCCUUCACUUGAGGCAGUUUGAUUUGAUUGAUUGACAGGGCACAGGGUGUAUGCAUCUCAUUUGGUUUAGAAAAAUUUAAAAAUAUGCUAAUCUAAGAACUUGUACUGUCCUAGCAACAUCUUAUUUUACUUUCGAAUGCCUGUUAUCCAAACUUAAAAUUCUAGAUUCGCAUCUCAAACUGAAAGUGCCUUGAAUUAAAUCUGUGCACAGUAUCUACGCAAACCUUGUAUAACCCCUGCUCAGUGUUCACAGGUUACAAAAUCACAUUUGCGCAUAAAGUGAAAGUUAACCACACUUUCAUAAUUUUUAAUUUCUCUUGGAUGAAGGCAAGAAAAAAAUGUGUUUGUGGAUAUGUUAAAAUUCUAGAGGCAAAGUCAGAUGCUUAACCUGAUCCAAGCUGAAUAUAGUGAAGUUUUCUAAAAACAGGUGAACCUUUUCUUUACAGAAUGAAUGUAUCAAUUAAAAAAUAAAUAAAUAUAUAUAUAUAUAUUUUAUCUUGAGCUAGCCCACAUCAGUCUUACUAAUUUUUUUAAACAAAAAUAGAUUUGACUAAAUUUAAACCCUUUUCAAACAUGUAUCUCAGUUUACUAAACUGUGUUCCUGUUCAUUGUGGCAAUAUGCAAAACGAUUACGACUGGGUUAUCUAUGCAGCCAGUUUCUUAAUGACUGAAUAUAUCAGCAAUGCAUGAAGGUUGAAAUAGACUUUGCCAUCCUACUUGAACUAUAGUGCAAAUGCUUCCUGCUAUGCAAGAUGAAAACUACAUGACCAUUCAGUGCAAUUCAUGUGCAGGUCCCAUUAAACUAUACUCAGUAUCUUAGAAACAACUAUGAACGGGAAUAAAUAGAAGGACCUGUGCAAAGAGAAGGGGGGGCACAAAUACAAUAUGCUAGAUUAUUUUUUAUUUCUUAAUUCCUAGUAUGGAUUCACUUCGUCUUUCACUUCAUAUUAGACUAUAAUUUUCACACACAGAUCCUCUAAUCAACAACCCUUUAAACACUCCCUGUCUCCUACUUAUUUUGAUAACAUUAUGAUUUUUAAAAUAUAUUUAUAUAGCAGAUUUGAUAUAUGCAUAAAGGUUUUUGUUUGUAGUGUGUGAAUUUAUUAAGAAAUGUAUUGUUUGAAAGAGACUGGGCAACUGCAUGAAACUAAACUACAGCUAAAUAGGAUUAAUUUAUUUUUUCAAUCUUGUAAAUCAGGACACCCCUUUCAGACCAGUAAAUAUUAUUUGCUGAA